AAAAUUCUUUGCCAAGCCGCCAAAGUGGAGAGUGUCGUCGCACCAGGGGGACCUUCUCGUUUCAGUGUAGGGGGAGGAGGUGGGGGUGCACCUCAGCACUAUCCCAAGACUGUCUGCAACGGCGAGUUCCUGGGGAAAACCCCAGGUCCUGGCGUUCAGAGAUGGAUUCCUUCACGAAGCACUAGACGAGAUGCCAAUUCCUCCAGCGAGAAAGGAGAAAAUGAUGCUACCUUCAGGAAAGUAAGAGGCAUACUUAAUAAGCUGACCCCUGAAAAGUUUGACAAACUGUGCCUGGAGCUCCUCAAUGUGGGUUUGGAUACAAAAAUUGUCCUAAAAGGAGUUGUCUUGUUGAUUGUUGACAAGGCCCUUGAAGAACCCAAGUACAGCCAGCUUUAUGCACAACUAUGUCUUCGCCUGGCAGAGGAUGCACCAAACUUUGAAGGCCCAUCAGCAGAAAGUCAAGCAACUCAAAAGCAAAAUACUACCUUUAGAAGGCUUCUGAUCUCUAAACUUCAAGAUGAAUUUGAAAACCGUGCCAAGAAUGUUGAUGUCUUUGACAAACAUGACAACCCGCUCACCUCUGAAGAGGAGGAGCAGCGUGCUAUUGCAAAGAUCAAGAUGCUGGGUAACAUCAAAUUCAUUGGUGAACUUGGCAAACUCAAUCUUAUCCACGAAUCCAUUCUUCACAGAUGUAUUAAAACACUUUUGGAGAAGAAGAAGAGAGUCCAACUUAAGGAUAUGGGUGAAGAUUUGGAAUGCCUCUGUCAAAUAAUGAAAACUGUGGGACCUAAAAUUGAUCAUUCAAAGGCUAAGUCCCUGAUUGAUCAGUACUUUGGACGCAUGCAAUCCUUAAUGAACAACAAGGAUUUGCCAGCAAGGAUUCGCUUCCUGUUGCAGAACAUGGUGGAGCUGCGAGAAAACAACUGGGCUCCUCGCAAAGCUUAUGUGGACAACGGGCCAAAAACCAUUCACCAAGUUCGCCAGGACGCUGUAAAGGAUUUGGGUGUGUUCAUUCCACCAUCCAAUGAUGUGAUGAGGAAUGACUUCUUCACAGACCAUAACUCCUUCCUGCCAUCAAGGAGAGUUGAAAGAGAGCCUCUCGGUGGGCUCGCUGACAUGUUUGGACAACUGCCUGGGAUUGGCAUUGGAACUGGUCCAGGAGUGAUUCAAGACCACUACUCCCCCACCAUGAGUCGUCAUCGUGCAAGCCCACUGUUCAAUGGCCAUGUGGGAAAUGGCAACGCUUCACACCAGCCUCAGUUUGAACCAGGAAGCAAGCCAUUCAUAAAGCCAAAUCAGGGGCAGAAUUCACCAGUUUUCAGCCAUAAACAGAAUCACUCAGUACAAGUACAGUCGAAGGAUGUGGGUCCAAGGUUCAGCAAGAAAGGAAAACUCAAUGCUGAUGAGAUCAGUCUGAGGCCGGCUCAGUCCUUCAUCAUGAAUAAAAACCAAGUGCCAAAACUGCAGCCACAGAUGAUUUUGAUGCCUCAAACUGGUUCUCCAAUCGGACAGCUUGGCCUCAAAAGUAAUCCUCCUCCAAUCCAGGAAAAGCCAGCAAAGUCCAACAAAAAGGCUCCACCAACUAAGGAAGAGUUGCACAAAAUGACAGAUACACUUAUGACAAACUAUCUGAAUGGGAAAGACAUCGAGGAGGCUGUAAGCACUGCAAAGGAAAUGAGGGCGCCCAAUUACUUCUUAUCUGAGAUGCUGAACAAGAUGAUCAUGUUCACACUCGAGCGGUCUGACGAAGACAAGGAAAAUGCGAGCAAACUGAUCCAUGCUCUCUCCACAGAGGGAGUCAUCAGCCGUGAAAGCCUUCUGCCUGCCUUCUUGCGUGUUCUGGACCAGAGCCAUAAGAUCGAGGAAGAAAUCCCUCUGGUGAAAUCCUACCUGGCCCAGUUUGCUGCUCGAGCUGUAAUCGCCGAUCUGGUCAGCAUUGACGACUUGGCUCAUCAGCUGGAGAAUGGUACCCAUUUCCCCCUCUUCCUGCUGUGCCUGCAGCAGAUGGUCAAACUGAAGGACAAAGACUGGCUGGGCGACCUGUUCCAACAGAGCAAGGUCAACAUGCAGAAGAUGCUACCUGAAAUUGACCAGAACAAGGAUAGGAUGUUGGAGAUUUUAGAGGGCAAAGGUCUUGGCUUUCUGUUCCCACUGAUGAAACUGGAGAAGGAGCUGCUGAAGCAGAUUAAAGUGGAUCCGUCACCACAGUCCAUCUACAAGUGGAUCAAAGACAACAUCUCACCCAAACUUCACACCGAUAAGGGCUUUGUCAACAUCCUUGUGACCAGUCUUCUGCAGUACAUUGCUUAUGAGAUCAACCCAGACGACGAUGAGGAGCAGCUCGCAGCACCCAGCAAGGAGCAGCUGGAUGAGGAGAAGCAACAGCUGCUCUCCUUCAAGCCAGUCCUGCAGAAGUUCCUCCAUGAUCACAUUAACCUGCAAGUCAGUGCGCUGUAUGCCCUGCAGGUCCACUGUAACACAAAGAGUUUCCCCAAAGGCAUGUUGCUGCGCUACUUCGUGAACCUUUACGACAUGGAAAUAGUCGAAGAAGAAGCCUUCCUCUCAUGGAAAGAAGAUGUCACAGAGGAGUAUCCUGGAAAGGGGAAAGCUUUAUUUCAGGUGAACCAAUGGCUGACCUGGCUGGAGACAGCUGAGGAGGAAGAGUCAGAGGAGGAAGAUUACUGAGGGAGAUUAGUCAAAGCCAUGUGUUAUUAGAAAGCAACGAGUUAAAUAUUAUUUUUUUCCUUGUCUUGUCCUUUCUUUUUUGUUUAGUUGCAAUUGUUACAACUCAUUCACAAAAUGCUUCGCCAAAUCCAACUGGCUUCAUCUUGCUGUAUGUACCUCCUAGAGCUUCCGUCUUGUUCGAUGUCUCGCAGCAAUGGUUGGCGCAUUUCAGUCAUCUUGGGAUCAGGAGUAGACAGUGAAUUAAGGAAAACAUAUUGUUUGACCUGCUCUGUUGCCCCUUUUGUUUCUAGUCGGAGUAACGAGUGCAACUUCCUUAAACUGUUUACAAAGACCAAGACUUUUCCUUGUUUUUUCUGCAUUUAUAAUUCAGAUUUUUGAUGCACUUUGCUUAACAUCAUGAGUUGUUGCAAUAGUGAAAUUCUUGAUUAUUUGCUUCAGUUUAAUAAUUAAGGGCCUUUAUUUAGCUUAAAUUUUCUAAAAGAAAUCUUAAUCUGUAAUGAACAGUUGUGGUCAAGCUUACUUGCACAUUAUCUUUUCACAUUUAGCUGAAUAAAUCAAGAUCUUUUUAAUGUAUGAAACGUUUCUUUCCUAGAAUGAAUCGGUGUGGCCUUUUUAAUUUAUCAGUUCGUAUAGAUAUACCUCUAAAGUGUCUGACUAUACUUGAAUGUCCUGAUUUUUGACAUUUGUACAGCUAGAGCAGAUGUAACUAUGCUGCAGCUGUUAACCACUUGUAAAAAUGACAUCUGUUUGCAAUAUUUUUAAAGGGUCUUUUUAUCAUGAAAUUGAGAAUAUGCUGUAUGUGUACACCUGCGCCUUUAAAUGUAAUAAGUGCUCGAAGUUCAGUGUACAACUAAAGAUCAAUCUUGAAUAAAGUUGGACUGUUUAA